ACAAAACAGGUUGACACGCUUGAGCCACCAUUGCAGGCUCCUUGGCCCACCAGGGAGGGCAAAUUCCACUCACUGAACAGGCUGUAAGCUUUCAUCAAGCGCUGGCUAUAAUUAAAAAAACAGAAAUAAAAAAGUGGUUUGAGUGCUGGGACAAGUCCCAAAAAGCCCGUGGAGUCUGGGGUUGCAUGAGGCGCCCUGACCUCACUUCCCUGUGGUGGAGGCUGUCCAGGCCUGAGCAAGCUAUUAUAGCACAUUGCAGGACAGGCCAUUGUCCAGUUGGCCCAUACUUCUCGCGGCUAUGGCCAAAUUUUGAUUCACGGUGCCCCCGCUGCGGGGAAGAAGAGGAAAGCGUGCCUCAUAUUCUGUUUGACUGCCCCAGACUUGCUGAUCUCCAUCUCGACAGGUCUGGGAAACUCAAAAUUCUCGACCUGUAUGGCGACAUUUAUGCACUACGCAAGACAGCAGGGUUUCUGUCCAGGGCUUUUGCAAGAGAGGAUUUAAGCCUCACCCAAAUGGAGUUUGAUGAUAAUGAUGAUGAUGACACGCUUGAGCAUAUUGAACAUGUAACGCCCAUAGUGUUUGUUUACAUUGGUGGAUUCACGUCAGACCACAUUCCGUGUCUUAAUCUUUACUAUGUGUGGAGUUAUUGUCGUCAUUAAGCGUAAUAAUGCUUUAGAUGUUAACAUUGUAUUUGUUAUAUGAAAGUAUUACACUAAUGUCAAAAUAAAACAAGGUUACUUAAAAUCGGCCCCCGAAGUAGUCCACCCCGGCAGGCUUCAAUAUUUUCAGAAAGAACAUCCAAAUGAAAUUAUAUCAAAGACAAACGAGAGAUAAGAAUGGAGAAAGAAGGUUGACAGAUCUUGUGUAGUGCCCCAACGGUGCAGUCAGUUCAUCUUAGCACAAGUAGCCGCUCCACAGCACAUCAGCAGUCACAUUAAUGACAACAAAAACCAACUUGACCAAUCUGAGGAACACUUCAGGGAGGACAUUUCGAGGAAGGCGAGACUGCUGGCAGACAAACUUGGUAUUGAGUUGGUGCUGCCGAGAAUUAGCAGUUGACAAACACACCAAGCAAAAAAACACAUAUUUGGAUUUUGUUAUUAUUACAAGACACAACUUUACAAUCCGUAUCUUGAUUCGUUAGUUUCUUCAUUAAUGUCUCGUUUUCAAGCAAUAAUAAUGCUCAGUUGUCUUCAUCCUAAAACGAUGCAAGAGCUGCAACGUAAAUAAGAAUAUCAGAACUGUCAGAUAAGCGUUCAUCGCCGGCUUGUCCUUCGCGACGAGAAGCAAUUCAGUAGUAAAGUUAAUGACAGCUUUGGCUGCGUUAGCAUUUUUGGUUUGAUCGAUUGUUGGGUGUAUGGCCGAACGGAUAAACUUACCAACAUGUACAGUAAAUAGUUUGCUCACAUGUUAGUUUUUUUUAUUAUUAUUAUUUCAUGAAACAAGUAUUUACAAUGAACAUAGUAUCGCAUAGGUAGGGGGGCGAGGAAGCUACAGUUCUUUUUCUUUAGUAUUUUUUGUAAUAUAAAAGUUGGGGCUACGACUUUUAGAAAUCGAGGGCAACUUGCACUCUCUGCAAAAAAAAAGUUAUGGUGCCCAUGUAUGUCCAUGUGUGUUUGUGUGAAAAGAAAAAAAAAUCAAACAUUCAACCCCGCUACGAAAAACAAUCCUGGCCACGCCCAUUCUUGACACUUAUAUUUUACUGGGGCUUUUCUUUUCGGAGAUGACGCCGACAAUAAUGUUAUGCCUACCUUUCUAAUUGUACAUGUGUCCUGAGAUCACUUUGAAAAUUUAUCAUGUUGAAUUAUUAGGAUUAAUGUUGCGAAGUUUUAUGAAAAAAAAAGUGACAUAAAUAUUUUUUUCUUUUUUUUUUAGACAUCCAAUAAAGAAAAAAGAGAAAUAUUUACUUUUUAAAAGGCUAAUUCUAAGUGUUUUCAAUAUCAUAGUCGAUAUAGGACUUCUUGGUGUUAACUAAGGUACACUCAUGACUACACUACUGUGUACUAAGGAAUGCUAAAAAUGUGACACAUGAGACCCUAAACAAGGAAACGGAUUGGGAAAUUCCGAUUUUAUUUUUCACGUUUUUGAAAGUUCAAAAAUAUUAUUUUAGUGUCUUUAGUAAAAUAUUAAUUUUAAAACUAAUAAUAAGUUAGAGAAUCAAACUUUAUUUAACAUAAACUUUUAAAGUAUAACUUAACUACUCAAAGUGUAUCUAUAAAAUGAGACCUUACUUAGAGUUGGUAGAGAUUGGACUAAAACUACACAAUUUAGAGGAAAUCAAAGAAUUUCUCAAAAAUAUUUUAGAAGAUGUUGACUUGGUCAAGAAAAAAGGUGAAUUGUGGAUUGAGGAAAAAGUAACAUCAACUUUCAUGGAAAUGAAACAAUCCAUUACAGAGAAAACUUCCGAAAUUUUAAAACGUUGCACAUCUCUAACAAAACUUCAAGCUGCAAGUAGUUUUAUAUCACAACAACAAACUCAAUGCGAGACUUUUUGUCUAGAACUGAAGGAGAAACAAGAAAUAGACAAAGAACACAAAGAACUUGAUGUCAGUACCAAGUUUGAAGAAAUAUAUAAAAAACAAAAAGAGUUGAGCAAAAAGUUUGAAAACAUUCUCGAAAUACAAGAGUCUCAAGCAAAAGACUUUGAAGAUCGAAACAACUCUGCUAAAGAAAUUGUUAAAAUAAAAGAUGAUCAAAGAAAACUAUUUUGCAAAAUAAGAAAUGUUCAAAUGGAAAUUACAAGAGGUAGAGAAAAAGACUUUUUCUGUGAAAAAACUGGUCAAACUGAUGUCAAGUGCAUUAAAAACUGUCUUCAUAUCAUAGGCCAGCAUGAUCAACAAAUAUCUGAAGGUGGACAAGAUUAUCUACAUGAAUAUCUAGCUGACUGUCUACGAAAUCCAGGUCAUUUAGAUUUCAUUCCUGUUGAUACUUUAGGUUUGGAACAUUUACCUGAAGAUAUUCGUGACAAAGAUUUGUAUGACCUGAUCAAAGCUGUAGCAGACCUAACAGUCAGAGUGAAUGUCACUAUGACCAGUCCACUUAGACCAAUGUUUUGGUCCGACACUAAAACUCCAUAUUCUUUGUACAAUAUGAGAGGAAGUCAAGAAUUAAGAACCGGAAAUGGGAUGGUACAAAACGUUGUAAAAAUCUUAGCAGAAACAUGUCCAUGCCAAAAAUGUCAACUUUCAGGCGACCCAAAACCUAAUUACUGGAGUGUUGGUGUGGGUACAGUUGUAAGCCUUGUGUAUGAUAACAUUGAAGCUAGUCACACGACUUGCAGAUUUUUCUACGAUACAGAAUAUAGUUCAGAGAUAGUUCUAAAAGUUGAAGACAAGAAUGUUAAUAAAAGCAUAGAAAAUGAUUUGUCAUUUUUUUAUUGUUCUACUUGUGAUGAAACACUAGUUGACAAACUCGAGAAAUCGUUGAAACAGUUGUCACGUCUCCAACAAAGGGUUGAUACAAAAUAUAAAAAGACAUUCGAUGAGAAUAAAUUAAUGUUCCUAUUGUCACAUCCUCAUGGAUGCAGUAAACGGGUUUGUUUUGGUCAAUGGAAGGACAAAUAUACAAAAAACGUUGUUACAACAAAGUAUACCUACCUUACUUCUAUUUGUCCAGGAUGUAGUGGAGGUCCUGUCUACUUUCUGGGAGACAGACGAUAUUAUCAUAGUGGCAGUUUAAAUUCUGGACUCGGUUAUAACACUAAUGGCUGAGUAAGUCACUUGCUUCUCAAAAUGUGCUUUUUAAAUUGAUGAUAUAAAAGCUGCUAAAUAUUGUGUUUUUUAUGUUAUGGUUAUGCUUGCCCUGGAUGUGGCAAAAUAUGUAGGUCACAGCUGGGGUUGUGCAGCUACGGGAAAUACUUCUCUCCUCACUAAUCUUUGGACUCGAAGACUAGCCUUAUUAUUAUUAUUAUGUAAUAAUAGAAUUCAGUGUAAUAGCAAGUUGGAUGGCUGCCUGGUCGUGCGGUUUGCGCGCAUGACUCUUGUUCGAACUUAUCGAUGGUCAAGGAUUCAAACCUUACCCGCUCCCACCCACCACCACCCCGGUCGUCCUGCAGGAGGUUUGGACUAGGUUAUAAAUUAUUUUCAACUCUUAAGGGACAUUGUAAACAUGUAAAACAUUUUAUAAAACAUUUUACAAAAUAUGUAAAUCAUUUUACAAACAUUUUUACAAGUUCAGGAUUUUUUUACAUGCGAAUAUUGAUAAAUAAAACUCAAGAUUUGGCUAAAGCUGGUAAAAAGUGUUUCUAACAGAAUCUAUUAGGAAACUGCGGUAAUGCUUAGCUGUGAAGACAGUUGUACGUUAGAAGAACAAGCUCAUUUUUUACAAUGUCUCUAUAAAUGUCAUUACUUCAACCUGAACGCUGAUCCUAAAACAAACGCCUCUAGUGACUUUUCUAAAAUUGAACAUUUGAUUUUUUUUUUUUGAAAAUAAUGACUAGCUCGUUGGCCACACGGGGAAAACUCUAGUUGGACUUUUAUCAAGUAGAAAAUAAAAUAAUUUAAAUUUCUCUAGAGAUCUAGAUCUAGAUCCAACAUUGGUAUCCGAAUGCAAGGCUUUAUUGAUUCAAUAGUUUGAACAAUUAAUGUUCAGGAAAAUUGUGCGCAUCUUAUUCUAAGUCAAGAUCUAAAUGCCUAUCAGAGGAAUAUGAUAUAUAGCUUCUUUCGUGGUCGAAGAUGAACACAUUUCUCCUUUCCUAUGGACUCGAAGAUGACUGUAAAGUCUAAUCCUAGCAUUAAAAAGCCGGCCGCAUACGUUGCAUGGGUGGGUUAGGUCAGAUGGGCCUGCUUCUUCUCUCAGCCUUUUGCUGGUUCGGCGCUUUUUCACCCUUGCAAGUCUUCUUGCUUCAAAUCUUGAGACUCCGAGACUUACAGCUUCACGCAAUGAGGAACGAUUGAGAGCUAGUGCUUCCCAGCCGUGAAUAUCGAUAUCGCAAUCCUUGAAUGAAGAAGCUCUUGAGAUUGUCUUUCAAGCGCUUGUAUUGACCUCCCUGGGAGCUUUUUCCUGCACACAGCUCCCCGUACAGAAGUCGUUUGGGAAGACGAUUGUCUGGCAUGCGGACUACAUGUCUAGAUCUAUGGAUUCUACAUUCGCUAAACCAAGAUUCUUUCUCAAAGAGAAAGGGGAAGGUGUUGGGUAAGAAAAUGUUUCAUUAUUUUUAAAAUCUAACAUUCAUUAACUUUUAAGAGAAAAACAGUUGCUCUAUAAGUUGCAUAAAGUAUAUCUUGUCUUUUUAAACUUGGAUUGUUUACGUUGUUCUUGUUUUUGUUCACAAUUUAAGCAUUAAAUAUCAAUUUUGAUGUUUUAAAAUAUGGAUUUUUAUUCUCAAUACAUUGGACUGAGAUUAUGUAAUUAAUAUUAAGGAUAUCAUGCCAUUUCUUUUUAACCAGUGGUUUGUGACUGUAUGCUUGAAGUUGCAGUAUUUUAAUAUGUAUUUCCAUCAUUAAAUAAACGUUAUUUUGUCUGCUGAAA